AUGGUAAGUGAAAUUGAGAGGAGAAAAGGAACUCUCAAUGCACUACAAGGUAUACUAAGCAUGAAAGAUAAUUUGUAACAACAGACCUAAGACACUACAUUCCAGAGUGACAAGCGAUUCAGGCAAUCACCAAACUUAAGAGAAAUAAAUAAUUCUAGUUUGAUCAGCUAGUAAAAUAUUUAUGUUAGAAGUCCAGAUCUAAGUUAGAUCAAAAUGUAAAGAUAGUAUCAAUAAAGAGAAUAGAAUAAAGGCAAGUAAUUGAUAUCAUUAAUUAGAAAGGGAGCUCAGACGAGAGAUAACUCUCCCAAAAAAUCAAAUAAAAUUGCAAAUAAUUCAGAUUUAAUCAUUACUCCGAGAACGAAUUAAAACACUUCUAUUGCUCAAUCGAAGUUUAUGUAAUCACUCAAGAAACUUAGCCUCAGACAUAUCAAUGAUUUAGCUUAAAUUAAAAAACCUUCUUUAUAUACUUUGAAGAGCUGUCAACUAUUUUGCUAGCUAAUCUAAUCAUUGACAAAGGAUUUUGAUAUCAAAAACUAGGAAAAUUAUCAAUUCUGUGAUUGGAGUGAAAUAGUGAAGUAUUUGACAUCUUCAGCCAAGCUGUACCAAUUUAUCCUGAAAGUUAAAAUCUCUAUUGAUAAUCUCAGAUUCAACAUCAAGUUUGUCAAUAACUUACAUUAGGAAUAUUAGAAAAGCAUUAAGCUACUAACUGUUAAUAAAUCAUAGAUUAAUGAUUGCUCUGGUAUCAUUCUGCUAAUUUUCUAGGCUGCUAUAGAUUACAUUCUAAUAGUUGAGGAGCUAAGCAAAUAGAAUAUUCUCUCUAUAUUUAAGUAGCUCAAUUACUUUAAGUAUCUCAAAAAUAAUGGGCCUGCUAACUCUAAAGAUGAUAAGAGCUAAGAAAGAGAUUACAGAACUUUUAUCUAAAAGCGAGUUAGUAGUCUAGUAAGAAGUGUUUCACCUGGUAAAGCUCUUAUUAAUUAAGAAUAAAAUAAAAGUGAAGUAGCAAUUACUUAAAAGCAAAUAUCUAGCCAUAACACAGUGAAAUAAAACUUAUAGAUAUAACAACUUCAAAAGUAAAAAAGUUAAAAUAAUGACUAAAAUCAUCAUUUCAUAAUCGACCUUUCACAUUAGAAUAAAUCCAAUGAUAGUUCAUUAUAAAAAGUCUAAUUAACUAGAAAAGCCUCUGCAGUUAUGAGUCAUAGAGAUAAAAGAAAUAGUCUAAUUCCUGAUUAGGAAAAGUACCCACCAAAGGUAAUAUUUAAUAACUUUAUCAAGAAGAAAGGAUUAUUUGUUGACAACUAAACCGGCUUGAAACCUAAUAAACCAGUCCCAAAAAAUAGAUACUAAGAUAGCGGAAGUAUUAGUGCAAGAUCAUUGGUUUCGUAUAUGAAAGAAUCACCUAUAAGAGACGAACAGAGAUUUUAGCAAAAGCUUUCAAAAUAGAGUUCAUAAAUAAAGAUAGUCUCUCCGACUAGACAUAUCAUCAAGAUGCACUAAUAGAAGGUCGGUAAAUAUAUCAGGUAGUCACCUAAGCAUGAAACUCCAGUUAUGUCUGCUUCUAAUAUAAGUAUCCAUGAAUUGAAAUUUCAAGAGCCUAUCCAAGAGAUGCAACUAAUUAGUGCUCAUUCAAUAGCUCCAUCCGUACAUAACUAAGAUGAUCAGAAUAUAAAUGACUAGAUAGAUAUAAGAAUCGUGGAAUCCCCCAAGAAAUCUAGAUCCAAUAAACUUGGGCUUAACUACAGUGAUGAUAGUUAAAUUUUCCUACAAUCUAAAGCAAACAAUCCUAUAGUUUCCCCAUAUUUAGAGCGUAAUGAUCAUUAUUUAGAGAAGACUGACCAUUACAAUGUUAUAGUAAAAAACAGUAGAAUAUUGCAGAAGAAUAUGAAAAGUUCUAAAGCGAGCAACAAUAGAAGUUAACAAACAAUAGCUUAAGCUAGAUCAACAACUCUGUCAAUAGCAGAUAUGAAGGUAGAGGAAAUGAGGGAUCAUCAGUUAAUUAUUCUCUAUUGA